UGGAGGGCAGCCUUGAGGAGGAUGUGUGAGUGUCUUAUGGGAGACCAGGGAGCCCGUCAGGGUGGACUUGUGACCCACAUGCCAUCCCUGCAGGUGGCUCAGUGUCCCACGAUGGCCGCGGGUGCCUUCCUGCUGUGCCCGAAGACCCGGCUGGACUUCCUCAAGGCCUCGCACUUCUCUCUGGGGCCAGACCUGCGGCUGUAUCAGGGCUCCAUGUGCUCCACGAUGCACCGAGACUUCCCGCCCUACCCGGGCGCCACCUCGGCGCAGUUGACCCCGCGGCCACCGAGCGCCACCCUCUUCCAAGAAGACAAGCGCCGGGCGGCCAUGGAGCACGAGUCAGAGACGCAUCGCGCCUUCACCCCGCCGUCCACGUCGCCCACCGAGUGGGCGCGGGAGAAGGAGCAGGUGCGGGAGCGCACCGUGGCCAUGCAGUCCGGCCACCUGAACAUGCACGCGGACGCGCGGGCCGGCACCGGCCUCUCCAUCGCGCGCGUCGCCUACCGCUGGCCCGAGGACGCCGAGAUGCCCGCGCGCGCCAGAGAGCAGAUCCGCGGGGCGCGCCUCAUCUUCGACCGCGACUCGGUGCCGCCCGGCGACCUGGCCCAGCUGCGCAUCCCGCCCACCACGUACCGGGCGCUCUAUCCGCCCUACGACGCGCGCCCGGAGCCCCGCGCGCCCUGCCGCCACCUGGGGGGCCCCAACACCCUCAAGUGGGGCUAUGGGAGACAGGACGAGACCUCCUACAAGAGACAGUUCCUGGGCCUACCAGGCCCACCUGCCCUGAUGUGUAAGAGGGCCUCCUCCAGCGUGCAGCUGGGAGACAGCACGCUCGGCUUCGGACCGCUGUGCUCAGAGCAGAAACAGGCCUACGGACCCCAAGGUCUGUCCCCAGACAGGUAUGACCAGGCCCAGGCCGCGGCCCACCUCCACCACGUGAGCAUCCGCCCUGGAGAUGGCCUCUUCCACAACAGGACCACCAGCUCCGACCACUUCUACCCCCGGGAGCCCGAGCCUUUUAUUCUUCACCACGACCAGACUCCAGAGUCGCACAUCCUGAAAGGGAACUGGCGCCCGGGCCCAGGCAGUCUCACCACCACCAGGGAGUACUUCUAUGGCCAGCGGCCACCGCCGACCCAGCCACCAGGCCGCCACGUGUGCCACGAGAAACUGCGGAGUCACGUGACCCUAGGCGAGGACAAGCUGCUCAAACACUUCUUCCAGACCACCAUGGGCUCGGACUACUGCCCGGUGGACACAAAUCGGCCACACAAAGCGCCCAACCUCCAUUUGCUAAGCAGCAACCUGCCUGAGGGCACCGGUGAAUUCGACUUUUUAACCACGAACCAAAGGAUGCUGAAACCGCACGGAACAGUUCGGGCCCGCAUAACGGAGGAGAUGCUGCAGCGGUGCAAGUACAGCCACGUGGAGCCCCCCCUGGGUGGACAGCGCUUCUUCUCCACGGUCUACAAGGACGAGUUCCUCCCUAAGCACCAGCGCCCCGCAGCCCUGACGCAGAGUAACAUCCUGGAGAGUCACCUGCCUCUCAGCCCACAUGCGCAGUGGGGCUGCGGGGGCGGGAAGAUAGACCCUCGGGCCCCCCAGCUCCCUGUGUACCCAUGUCCCAGCCAGCAAUAAACACUUUGACAA